GUGGGCGCGAAAAGUUUGGUGCGAGUCGCGUGCGCGUCUUCAGGGUGACGCGUUAGCAUUUUAGCUGCUUUUUCCCUCAGAGCGCUGCAGUUCCGCUCCCUCCGCUCCGCUUUUCUCUCCGCUUCCUGAAGCGCAUUUUAAUUGUUGUUUUUAAACUGUAUCGGCGAUGAUGAAGUUUGCUGUCACAUAGUGGAAUACCGGAUAACGCCAGUUUUGUGAUUUUUUAUUUUUUAUUUUUAUUUUUGUGAGGGGGAAAAUUUACCUCACAACACUCGCUGGCGGAAACUCGCUCGCUCUUGACGUUAAGCGCGUAAAUCCUUGUCUUUUUAUUUUAUUUUUUUAAGUUCAGAAUGUCGUUGUUCGGCAAAAUCUUUCGUCUGCCGACUGACAAGAAGAAAGUGAAGCAGUACGAACACGUCCAUCGGAACGUGAACCCGGCUGAGGUGUGGGAGAUUGUGGGAGAGCUGGGUGAUGGAGCUUUCGGGAAAGUUUAUAAGGCCCGGAACAAAGAAACGGGUGUACUGGCUGCUGCCAAAGUGAUUGAGACAAAGAGCGAAGAAGAGCUGGAGGAUUACAUUGUAGAGAUCGAUAUCUUGGCUACAUGCAACCAUCACUACAUCGUCAAACUGCUCGAUGCCUUCUACUAUGAGCAGAAGCUAUGGAUCAUGAUUGAGUUUUGUCCUGGAGGAGCUGUAGAUGCCAUCAUGUUGGAGUUGGACCGGGGUUUGACGGAGAAGCAGAUUCAGGUGAUCUGUAAGCAGAUGCUGGAGGGUCUAGUUUACCUACACGGUAUGAAAAUCAUCCACCGGGACCUGAAGGCAGGAAACAUCCUGCUUAUGCUGGACGGAGACAUCAAACUCGCUGAUUUUGGUGUGUCUGCAAAAAACACCAAAACUCUGCAAAGGAGAGACACUUUCAUCGGGACUCCAUACUGGAUGGCUCCUGAGGUUGUGAUGUGCGAGACCUCGAAGGACGCUCCAUAUGAUUACAAAGCAGACAUCUGGUCUUUGGGAAUAACGCUGAUUGAGCUGGCUCAGAUCGAACCUCCGCACCACGAACUCAACCCCAUGAGAGUCCUACUGAAAAUCGCCAAGUCUGAGCCUCCCACACUGGACCAGCCCUCUAAAUGGUCAACCAAUUUUAAGGAUUUCCUGAAAAGAGCACUGGAUAAGAAUCCUGAGUCGCGCCCAACGGCCUCUCAGCUCCUUGAGCACCCCUUUGUGAGCUCAGUGAAGACGAAUCGUCCUGUGAUGGAGCUGGUGGCUGAAGCCAAAGCGGAAGUGAUGGAGGAGAUGGAAGAGGACAGCAAUGAGGAAGCAGACGAGGAUGAGAGUCAUGACAUCACAGCUCCUCCAGGGAAAGAUCCCUCAGAAACGAGUCAGACUAGUUUAGAAGGUGACCAGACGACACCUCUUCCGGAGAGUCCCAUCGACUCUGAGCCGCUGAAACUGGAGAAAAAGCUCUCUGAUGAAGACCGGGACAAACCCUCCAGCUCGGAUUCAGGGAUCGAAGAUGGAAAAAGCACGCCGACUUCGGAGGAAGAAGGAAAAGGGGCAGAGUCUCUGGAAUACGAGUGUGAGUUGCCAUCUUCAUCGCUACCUGUCCUCAAAAUGGCAGAGCCAGAACAGCCUAGGGAGCAAGAGGACAGAGCCGAGGACAAGAGCGAGACACCAAGUGUUCCCCUGGUGGAGCGGAGCGAAAGUGUGUGUGAAAAGCAUGAACAGGAAGUGAACAUUCUGCCUCAUGCUAACGGAAGGAUGAACAAACGGUGCUCAGACACAGGGAGUCAGGCAUCAGAGAAUCUCGACAUCAGCCUGAGCUCUGUGGGGAAUAGAGACAGCGGCUCUGGUAGUGUACGGGAUGCUCGGCAUUUCAGACGCACUCUGAAACGCACUCGUAGGUUUUUGGUGGAUGGUGUGGAGGUGAGCGUCACCACAUCUAAGAUCAUUGGAGAUGAUGAGAAGAAGGACGAGGAGAUGAGAUUCCUCAGGCGACAGGAGCUGAGAGAGCUGCGUCUGAUCCAGAAAGAGGAACAUCGUGCUCUGUCUGUCCUCAAUGCUAAACUGGAGUCUCAGAGAGAGGUCAUGCAGAGACGCUUCGACCAAGAGUUGAACGCGAAGAAGAAGUACUACGACACGGAGCUAGAGAACCUGGAGAAGCAGCAGAAGCAGAUGAUCGAGAAGAUGGAGCUGGAGCACACCGUGGGUCUACGCGAGGAGACGAAACGAAUUCGGGUGGAGCAGGAGCGAGCGCUACACCGAUUCCAGGACCAGAUGAAACAGCGCAAGAAGGAGGUGAAACACAACGUGGAGAAGUUGCCAAGGAGCCAGAGGAAGGAGAGUCUAAAGAGCCGCAUGAAUGAAUUCCAGUCGAUGAAAGUUUCGGAGGAGGAAAAGUUCAAAGCAGAUCAGAGUAAUUAUCUGGACUCAACUUUAAAAAGCAUCAUCGCUCAGAACAAGAUGGAGGUCGCUGCUACAGAGCGCCGCUUUCUUGAAAAGAAACACCAGCUGAUCAGAGAGAAAGAAGCAACGAUCUGGGAACUGGAAGAGAAAAACCUGCACGAGCGAUGGCAACUCCUCAAACAGCAGCUGAAGGAUCAGUACUUCCUGCAGAGACACCAACUACUCAAAAAACACGAGAAGGAACAAGAGCAUAUGAACUGUUAUAACCAGCGUAUGCUUGAGCUACUUAAAGUGCGACAGCAGCAGGAGAAGAACAGAAUGCCGAAGAUCCAGCGCAGUGAAGGAAAAACUCGCAUGGCCAUGUUUAAGAAGAGUCUGCGCAUUAAUUCCUCGGGCAGCGCUGCAGAAGACCGCGAGAGGGUCAAACAGUUUUCCAGACAGGAGGACAAGAGGCAGAAGGCGGAGCGGCUGCACCAGCAACAAAAACAUGAGAACCAGAUGAGAGAAAUGAUUGGACAGUGUGAUGGGAACCUCCGAGAACUUCAGCAACUACAGAACGAGAAAUGCCACCUGCUGGUGGAAAACGAGACUCAGAGGCUGAAAGCGCUGGACGAGCAUCAAAACCACCUGCUGAAGGAAUGGAGAGCGCAGCUACAACCCCGCAAGAAGGUUCUGGAGGAGGAGCUGACCCAGAAGAAGCGUGAGCAGGAGAAUUUCUUCCGGAUGAGCGAGGACUCGGAGUGUGUGAACCCCAGCUCUCCCAACAGAUACACAAAAUUCCUGCCAUACACAGAGUCUUCCACCACUUAGGACUUCACCCACUGGCCAUGAUCAACCAGUCACGAGCCUUGUGCUCCUCUAUAGCCCCACCCACUAGUCCAGGUAGAUUGUGCACAUACAGGAUUCACACACGCUCACCUUUUGCAUAUAGUAUUAUUAAAACCUGAAUUGUUUUAUUAAAAGUAAAGAAUAAGGAGUGGCGUAUCCCUGAUGGGUCUUAAAACCUUAAAUAUGAGAAGUCAGAGAGAGAAAUAUUUAUUUUUAAAUUUUCUGAACAGGUGAAAAAUCCUUAAUAUAAAGCCUGAUUACUGGCUUUAGUGUGAAAACAGUUGGUGGCAUUAUUAUUAUUUCUGGUUCGUACAAGAUUUAUCAGCCUAUCAUCGGAUAUUUCUUUUCUAACAAACAAAUCAUAAAAAUAUCUAGUAUUGCCAAAUAAAAUGUACAGGAAAAAAAAGCUUAAGCAUGUUUUCUGUUCCUUUUUAAAAAUUAUUCUGUUAUAUAAAUACAAAAAGCAAAUAUUCAAGACACUUUAACGUUCUACUUUAACAGUGUUUUAUGUUGAAUAAAUGUUUAAUUUGUCAUGUUUUCGGUUUAAGUGACGGCGAGGUAAAUUGGUACUUUUUUUGUGUGUUUUUUUUUUUUGUAUUUACUGUUUUUGGCACCAAAAUGUGAGUCAUAGAAUUACUGUAAAGCACAACACUGGAUGUAAACGACAAAGGCGCAAAAAAAAAAGCCCACAAAAUAUUAUUCAUGAGAUUUAAUAACCAAAAAAAAAAGUUAAGUGUAUAAGGUGUAAUGAAGAGGAUUGUUGCUGUCUGGGGGUAAAAACUUUCAAAAAAAAAAACCCCCACAAAACCCUGAUGCAAAUAUUAAUAUAACAAUUUUGCAUUGGGGUAUAAUUAUAUUGUUUACUAAAAAUGGUUAUUUUUACUUUAUUUAAAUAUUACUAAAAUUACUGAAUUAUAAAGAACAAAUUUGGAUUAAAAUCAUCCCAACUUUGAAGGUUCUUAUCUAGCAGCAAUAUAAAACAAGCUUAUGAUUAAUAAUUUACUGACUUGUUUAAGCACUGACACUUUAAGUGCAAUACAUUUUUCCUGAUGCAAUAUUCUCUACCGUUUAUUACUUUAUUAUUAUAAUUAAUAUGGGACAGAAAAUCAGGUACAGAUCAGCCUUACAUUCUCUUUGCAAAACCAAAGGUUUACUUUAAAUCGACUUAUUUUCUGAAUUUUAUCCAGCUGACUGCACUGUUUUGGGACUACUUUUUUUUAUUUAAAUUGCCAUUUUUAUUUUAACCAAAAAGUUGUCAAAGGAACCCUUGAUGUACAGAAAUCUAAUAAAGUCGACUAUAUUUAUUCCCA